AUGGCUCAAGCCGUGAAUGCUCUUGGAAAGGUGCUGAAGUAUGGUGUAGCUACCGGUUUAGUUUGUUGGAUUGGUUAUGAGUCCCUUUACAACAUUGAUUCUGGUCACCGUGGUGUUAUCUACAACCGUAUUGGCGGUAUUCAGAAUAAGAUUAUUCCUGAAGGAACUCACUUCCUGAUUCCUUGGUUCCAGCGUGUCUACAAGUACGAUAUCCGUACGCAGCCCAGAACAAUGACUUCUCUUACUGGAACAAGAGAUCUGCAGAUGGUGAACAUCUCUCUUCGAGUUCUGUGCCAUCCCUCGAUUGAGGUCCUUCCAAACACAUACAAGGAGCUUGGUCUGAACUGGAACGAGCGUGUGAUGCCCUCCAUUGUGAACGAAGUCCUGAAGCAAGUGAUCGCCCAGUUCAACGCCUCUGCCCUUCUGACUCAGCGAGAGCAAGUCAGCCGUUUAAUCCAGCGCAAUCUGAUCGAGCGAGGCCGCGAGUUCGGCAUCAUCAUCGAUGAUGUGGCCAUUAUCGAUUUGGCUUUCGGCCGUGAGUUCACCAACGCCGUCGAAGCCAAGCAGGUCGCCCAGCAGGAGGCGGAGCGCGCGAAGUACGUGGUGGAGCAGGCGAAGCAGGACAAGAAAUCCACGAUUAUUCACGCAGAGGGAGAGGCCAGAUCGGCAAAGCUGAUCGGAGAGGCCAUGAAGAACUACCCGGGAUUCAUCGAGCUGCGUCGCAUUGAUGCCGCGAAGGAGAUUGCAGCCACGAUCGCCAGAUCGAACAACCGUGUGUAUUUGUCUGCAGAAUCGCUGCUGUUGAACGUGAUGAGCGAUACUGGAGCCUAUGAGUAGGGGAGAGAGAAGGGGAAUGAGGUGUAGACGAAUGUCGCUAGAAACGAAUAAUGAAGCUUCUGCUGAAGCGAAGGCCGAGGCAAAAGCGGAGACAGAAAUGGCUUGGUAAAGUAUGGGAUU